AUGGCCGCCUCUGUGCAGCCUGAUCACAACCCAUAUAUCAGAGCUUUCAGACAAUUUGUCCGCAACUCGGUGACCUGUGACUUUUCGCAGAAAGAGUUCGUACCUCUCGACUUGCUGGAGGCCUAUCUGGAUCAACGCCGCGUGACACAGCUUCUCGCCGCUCUUCCAGGAGUCAUAGACGCUGCAAACGUCUUGGAGCAUUAUCUACGAGUUUUCGCCAUCCUUAUAAUCAUCGGGAAAGCUGAAUAUAUCAAGCACUUCCUUCAGCACUCGGACCUUGAAGAUAAAAUCUUGCCUAUUACGUCUUUGAAUCACCGACCUUCCCAUUGGCCGAGCGUUGCCGAUUCCAACGACUUUUUCCCAUCGUUCUACAAAGCACAAUGGCAAUUUUGUGCUCUCGACUUCACCCAGAAGCUAAAAGGCAGUGUUCUCGACGAGGAUCUAAUACUUCCCAUCAUCGAGAAGAAGGAGCUGGGAAGUGGAGGAAGCGCCGCCAUCUACAAAAUCAAAUUGCACGACGCCUACAAUCAUCUGGUUGAAAGGGCUCCAAAUGGCCGACCCCUCACGGAUACAUUCGUCCUGAAGACCUACUUCGUCAGCGAGGCCGAAAAAAACUACCAGAACGAGGUAGACGCCUUCAUUCAACUUAUGAGUCCUAGAAAAUUCGAGGAGAAUAUGAUUGCAUUUUACGGGGCUUACAGUCAAGGUGGGACGUAUAAUAUCAUCCUCGAGUAUGCGGAUAGUGGGAAUCUUCAAGAGUUUUUCGAAAACGUGGAACCACCUUCCGCUGAAGUAGACAUCAUAAAUUUCUGGGACAAUCUUUUCAAGAUCGUCCAACCUCUCCAAAGAAUACAUGAGUUGAAACGUGGUGGAAAUGGCCCGCCCAGUUUACAAAGGGUUCACCAAGACAUCAAAGCCGCGAAUGUUCUUGUUUGCAAGGGGACAAGCGAGUCAGAUUACGAAUGUACUUUCAAGCUUGCCGAUUUAGGUCUCAGCCAUCUCACCGGGAAAGACAUGUGCGGUACGCCCAUGUACAGCGCUCCCGAAUGCUGCAGGUCAGAUCGAUUCAUGGAACGGACCGCCUUAGAGAUAUCCCCUGAAAUCGACAUAUGGUCCCUAGGCUGUCUGUUCAGCGAGGCUGUUGUAUGGGUUGUGCGGGGAAUGCCUGGUCUCAAGCACUACCAAAAUCUUCGUACGAUUGAGAUAGGUGAGCUGCCAGGUCUUACAGAAGCUGGCUAUAGUGGUUGCUUCCACAAUGGCACGCAUGUCCUUAAGGCAGUAGGUCACAUGCACGAAGACAUACUCGAGAAGCGACGUAUGAACAUCGAUCACAUCACAGAAUACGUCGUUCCGCUCAUUGACAACAUGCUGGUGGACACCAACCGAUUCAAUGCGGUACACGUCCACAGAAACUCACAGCGGAUCUUGAAGAAGGCGAGAGAAAAGAAAUAUCCCAAGAUCAUGCAGACCGUCGGUAGUCCAGUCGUCCCCCCUCGAAAGCCUCCAUACGUUCCACCAGAACAUGCGGGACUAAAACUUACACAUUCUUACCCCUCAAGGAGCUCCCGGGGUUUACUUUCAAAGCAGAGACGGACUGGUUCGGAACUUUCUGGUAGCUCGCAGCUGUCUUACAAUGGGCGGUCCAACCCCCCGAAUGGAGCGUCAGCCUUCGGAAGAGCAGUCAGCUGGGAACAUGACUCCUUAGACUCUGAAUCCUUCGAGCCAAGCGCUCUCAGUUCUCGGAGUACUAUGCGAGGAACAAACCUUUUUGCUUCGACCAUUGCGCAAUCCACUGCGACUCUACCGUCUCAAAAGAACGGCGCACCAACCGAGCGGGAACAUGAAUAUGCACUUGAUUAUAAGUUGCGUUAUCGCGGUGUUUCGAGAGCUAAUACUGCAAACGGCAAAACGCCCAUAAGAGACGAGGGAGAUGGCGAAUAUAGCCCUCGCUUACUAUCACCCGCUCGCGACAACUCAAGAGCUACUGCUGGAAACGACGGCACAAUUGCCGAAGACCUGGUUCGGGGGAAGCGCCCCAACCUAUCCGUCCAAGAAGUACACAACUGGAAAAAAAAGAAAGGUCGUGGUUCUAGUCCUCCCUUGAAUGGCGACAAGUAUUUGCAGAGGUUGAAUGACCGGGAUCAUAUAUUUCUUAUUGACGACUCUGCGUCCAUGAAACCGUAUUGGCCAAAGCUGAAACGGGUAUUUGAGGCGUUGGCUUGGCUUGUCAAACGAGUAGAUCCCGACGGACUUGACCUGUAUUUCACUAGUUCUCCCGAGAAGUUUCACAACAAAAACACGACACCACUUGCCAGCCUGGUGGAAAGGCGAGAAGCAACACUAGGUGGUCGUUGCAACAUCAAAAACAGCUUGGGAAAUAUCACGCAAGGCUACAGGGCAAAGAUUCAAAGCCUCGAUGCAAAUCGCCCAAGGUCUCGCUUGAGCUUUUUGGGGGCGACACAAAAGCUCCAUCCUAUCAGUAUUUAUAUCCUCACUGACGGCGUUUGGCAAGAUAAACCAGAACCCAUUUGUGGAGUCGAUGAACCGAUCAGAAUUCUUGUCAAUGAGCUUUCGAACCGGGGUUUGCUUGAUGGACAAGCGGGCAUACAGUUCGUCCGGUUUGGCCACGAUGAUAUUGGUAUGAAGCGGCUUCGGAUGAUAGACAAUCACAAAGAGCUCAAAUUAGACAAGGACAUUGUGGACACAACUUCAUGUGAUGGAAACGUCUUGAAAAUGCUGCUUGGGGCGGUCGAUCGGGAUUGGGAUGAUGACGAAAGUGGUGAUGAAGACGACGACGACGACAACGACGACGACAACGACGACGACGACGACACGGCCACUCAUGCUCAAGACAAAAUUAAUGGAGACGGAUACGGGUGGCCAGGCACGUCGAGCAACACCUAG